GAGAGGGAAGGGGAAAGAGAAGGAGAGGAGAGGAGAGAGGGAGAGAGUGAGGGAAGGGAAAGAGAAAGAGAAUCCGGGGCCACGCCAAAUAAAGCCAUGUGGGCCUGGGCUGGGACGGCAUCCCAUACACUAUAAAUACGCUGCGCUCCUGGAGGUUCGGGUUUGGUGGCUGGGGCUUGGGACCUACGAAGACCACAACAACCUGGUGCCUCGGAAGAGCCUCCUCUGUGAUCCUCCGUAACUCAGCCUCCGUCGUAGCAACCUCACCAACAAUGCCCCGCGUAGAUGCAGACCUCAAACUGGACUUUAAGGAUGUCCUAUUCAGACCCAAGAGGAGCAGUCUGAAGAGCAGGUCAGAGGUUGACCUGGCAAGGACGUUCACAUUCCGUAACUCUAAGCAGACCUACCAUGGCAUCCCCAUCAUCGCUGCCAACAUGGAUACCACAGGGACCUUUGAGAUGGCCCGGGUCCUCAGCAAGCACACACUCUUCACGGCCAUGCAGAAGCACUACUCACUGGAUGAGUGGAAGACCUUUGCAGUCAACCACCCAGAAUGCUUAGAGCACAUAGCAGCCAGCUCUGGCAGCGGUAAGGCUGAUCUAGAGAGACUGUGUGAGAUCCUGGAGGCUAUCCCUGACAUAAAAUACAUCUGUCUGGACGUUGCCAACGGUUACUCAGAGUACUUUGUGGAAUUCGUGAAAACCGUCAGGGACAAGUUCCCCAAACACACCAUCAUGGCUGGCAACGUGGUAACAGGGGAGAUGGUGGAGGAGCUCAUUCUCUCUGGCGCUGACAUCAUCAAAGUGGGCAUCGGGCCAGGCUCAGUGUGUACCACCCGUAUCAAGACCGGGGUGGGCUACCCUCAGCUCAGCGCUGUUAUCGAGUGUGCAGACUCCGCCCACGGCCUCAAGGGACAUAUUAUCUCAGAUGGUGGCUGCAGUUGCCCAGGCGACGUGGCUAAAGCUUUCGGUGCAGGGGCUGACUUUGUGAUGAUGGGGGGCAUGCUGGCGGGACACGACCAGUGUCUGGGUGAGGUCGUCCAGAAGGAUGGCAAGAAGGUCAAGCUGUUCUAUGGGAUGAGCUCCGACACCGCCAUGAAGAAAUACAUAGGGGGAGUGGCCGAGUACAGGGCGUCAGAGGGUAGGACGGUGGAAGUUCCUUACAGAGGAGACGUAGAGAACACCAUCAGAGAUAUCCUAGGGGGCCUCCGCUCCACCUGUACCUAUGUAGGAGCUGCCAAACUGAAGGAGCUCAGUCGCAGAACCACCUUUAUCAGAGUCACACAGCAGGCCAGCACCAUGUUCCACUAAUCACACACAAACAGGAAAACACACUCACCUACCGCCAUCACUACAAAUGUGUUUCUCUCUGGACCUCUGUUGUAACAUUCUCUGCAGAUUUGGUUAUUAUGUAAAAUUGUGAGUAAUAUUAUCAGAACAUGAUUUAAAACAUUCAGUCUGCUCUGCAGAAAUAAAAUAUGCAAGAGCCUGUUAGGUUUGCUUAAAACCUUACUCUCUGUCCAUACUCCGUGGAUAUUACUUAGGUAUUGCAAUAACUGCAUGCUGGCUUUGAGUGCUUUACAUGGCGAUUCCCUCUCUUGACUGAUAAUAUUAAAGGUCCAAUGCAGCCGU